AUGAGCCUUGAUGUUAUGAAAGACGUCUCCAUUCUACAAGACAAAUACUUCUUCCAUGUUCCCCAUGCUCAUUUGAUAGCGGAUUACGUAUGGCCUGGUCUGAUCAUGUCCCCACAGCGAGUGAUUGAUUUGCGGAAGGAGGAAUUCACCGAGGACGAUGUCCUAAUAGCUUCGUAUCCAAAAUCAGGUGAAUAUUUUUUGGUUAUCUCAAAUGAUUAUUUUUUACUUAUAGGAACAACAUGGAUGACUGAGAUUGUUUCGGCAUUACAUUAUGGAGGGGACACCGACGCGUUGAAGAAAGUCCGACAAGAUGAAAGAGUCCCUUGGCUUGAACUCGAACACAGCUACUGGUGGGUGAAGAUGUUCUAUGAGUACCACAAGCACGAAGCCGAACAAUGCAAAGCCCGACCUAGACGAGUAGCCUUUACUCAUCUUCCGUUGGAAAUGUUGCCUGAUUCUGUUUUAUUUGGCAAAUGCAAGGUUGUGUAUGUGGCCCGGAACCCAAAGGACAAUGCUGUCAGCUUCUACCACUUCCAUCGCAUGGCCCGAUUCCUUGGACUACAAAAGAAUCUAAACUGGAAUGAUUUCUUUGCACUCUAUGUCUCAGGAAGCAGUAAGUUUAUCUUAUUGAUACUGAUUUUCUGUUAGUAUACUGUGGCUCUUGGUUCGAACAUGUUUUGGGAUAUUGGAAGUUCUCUCAGAAGUUGAAGGACAGAGUUCUGUUUUGCAAAUACGAAGACUUGAAGAGAGACAUGAAAGGGGAGAUCGACAAGAUCGCUGACUUUAUCGACAUGAAGGUGAGUCCCGAGAAGAUGCAAAAGGUCUACGAUCACUGCACGUUUGACUCUAUGAAGAAGAACCCAAUGGCCAACAGAAAUAGCCGGAUGUUGCUCGAUCAGACUGUCGUGAAGUUUAUGAGGAAAGGGCAAGUUGGAGAUUGGAAGAAUUACUUCACCUUCGCCCAGAGUGAACUCUUCGACGAGCUUUACAAAUUGAAAAUGGAAGGGACUGGAUUAACAUUCGAAUUCGAACAGUAA